CCGCCAUGCCGGGGCCCCGGACCUUCGCCAACCUGGUGGAGUUCUUCUGGAAGGACGGCUUCAGCCGCAUCCACGAGAUCCAGGUGAGGAAACUGAGACACACUGGAACCUAACUUCCCAAGGUCACCCAGCUAGUAAACUGUGAGCCGAGAUUCCAACUCCAGAGUCUGUGCUCCAGCUGGCUACACAAACUGAGUCUGUGGCUGACUGUAUCAUUCCUUGGCCCUCCACCAAAAAGGGCCAUAAACUACCUGUGUCCUUCAUCUCGUUCUCUUUGCCCCUUGGUCAGUGGCUCCCUUGUCUGACUGUGCCCAUUCAGUAGCUGGAUGUGCCCAAGGAGUGGCCCAUCUCCCAGGAGUUCCGGUAACAGUCAUCCUAUCAGAGACCUGGAGAAAUACCCUUUUGGGGUCACCUGUUUGUUAGGCAGAGUGAUCCCUUGGCAUCUGACACAUCCCAGUUGAGUCUGAGUGUCUUCAUCUCCAGGCAGCGGGACUUCAACCAGGUCCACAAAGAAGCAAACAGCUUCUACCUGAGAGCAGAAGAGUGGAGAGAUGACAGACCCUCUGGCCCACCAUUUCCGUGGUUGAGAGUUGGGGUGAUAAGAAAUGUUGGCAGAUGCCAAAGAGGGACGUAGUCAUUUUCCCCAUGCUUAGCCCUACCUACCUAUGUCAUGUUUUUUAUUUUUUUUAAUUUUUUUUGGCCACACCACACAGCAUGUGGGAUAUUAGUUCCCUGACCAGGGAUCUAACCCAUGCCCCCUGCAUUGGAAGCAUGGAUUCUUAACCACUGGACCGCCAGGGAAGUCCCCAUGCCUAUGUCAUGCUGAGCCAUGCUGGAGGGUACUUUCUCUCCUUCCUUCUUUAAUUAUUUAACUGGACUGUUUAACCCAUUUACAUUUAUUGUGAUUUCUUUUUUUGGUAACAACUUCAUUGAGAUAUAAUUCACAUCUCAUACAAUUCUCCCACUUAAAGUAUACAACCAUCACCACAAUCAAUUAUAGAACAUUUUCAUAACUUUAAAAAGAAACCCCAUAUUGUAUUCUUUAGCUAUCACUCCCCAACCCUCUCAUUCCCCCAGCUUUAAGCAACCACUAAUAAUUUACUUUCUGUCUUUAUAGAUUGGCCUAUUCUGGACAUUUCAUAUAAAUGGAAUCAUAUAAUAUGUGGUCUUUUUUGUCUGGCUUCUUUCACUGAGCAUAAUGUUUUCAAGUUCACUCAUGUUGUAACAUGUAUUAGUACCUCAUUCCUGUAUAUGGACAAAUAAUAUUCCAGUGUGUGGACAGACCACAUUUUGUUUACUUAUUUGUCAGUUGAUAGACAUUUGGAUUGUUUCUACCUUUUGGCAGUUAUGUUUUCAUUUCUUUUGGGUAUAUAUCUAGGCGUGAAAUUGCUGUGUCAAAUAGUAACUCUGUAUUUAACCUUUUGAGGAAUUGCUAGACUGUUCUAAAGUGGCUGCAUUUUUUUUUUUUUUUUUUCCGUACGCCGGGGCCUCUCACUGUUGUGGCCUCUCCCGUUGCGGAGCACAGGCUCCAGACAUGCAGGCUCAGUGGCCAUGGCUCACGGGCCCAGCCUCUCCCCGGCAUGUGGGAUCCUCCCGGACCAGGGCACGAACCCGUGUCCCCUGCAUCGGCAGGUGGACUCUCACCCACUGCGCCACCAGGGAAGCCCCGGCUGCAUUAUUUUAUAUUCCAGCAACAGUGCAAGAGGGUUUUGAUUUCUCCACAUCCUUGCCAAUACUUGUUAUUACCUAUCCUUUUGAUUAUAAGCAUCCUAGUAUGUGGGAAGCGAUAUCUCAUUGUGGUUUUGAUUUGCAUUUCCCUAAUGACUAAUGACGUUGAGCUUCUUUUCAUGUGCUUAUAGACAUUUCGAUAUCUUCUUUGGAGAAAUGUCCAUUCAAAUAAUUGCCCAGUUUUUAAUUGGGUUAUUUGUUGUUGUUGUUUUUUACUGUUGGGUUGUAAUAGUUUUUUUAAUAUAUUCUAGACAUAAAUCUCUUAUCAAAUAUGUACUUUGCAAAUAUUUUCUCCAUUGUGGGGAUUGUCUUUCACUUUCUUUGUAAUGUCCUUUGACAUUACGCACAUUUUAAAAUUUUGAUGAUGUCCAGUCAUCUGUUUUUUUCUUUUGUUGCUGUUCUUUUGGUGUCAUAUCUUAAGACACCAUUGCCAAAUCCAAGGUCAUGAAUAUUUAUGACUAUGUUUUCGUCCAAGAGUUUUGUGGUUUUAGCUCUUGCAUUUCGUCUUUGGUCCACUUUGAGGUAGUUUUUGUAUGUGGUGUGAGAUAAGGGUACAAAUUAUUUUUGUUUGUGGCUAUCCAAUUUUCCCAGCAUCCUUUGUUAAAGAGGCUAUUCUUUCCCAUUUAAUUGUCUUGGCACCCUUUUUGAAAAUCCAUUGACCUUAGAUGUAUGGGUUUAUUUCUGGAGUCUCAGUUCUAUUCCAAUAAUUUAGAUGUCCAUCCUUAUGCCAGUAGCACACUGUCUUCAUUACUUUUAUAGUAACCUUUGCAAUAGGGAACUGUGAGUCCUUCAACUUUGUUCUUCUUUUUUAGGAUUGUUUUUGCGGUUCUGAAUCACUGGAAUUCUGAUAGGGAUUAUGUUGAAUUUAUGGAUCAGUUUGAGAAGUAUUGCCAUCCUAAUAAUAUUAAGUCUUCCAUUCCAUCAACAUGGAAUAAAUAAAUUCCAUUUAUGUAGGUCUUUAAUUUCUUUCAGUGAUCUUUUGCAGUUUUCAGAGUGUAAGUUUUACACUUCUUUUGUUAAAUGUAUUCCCAAGUAUUUUAUUCUUUAUGAUGCUAUUGUAAAUGGAAUUGCUUUCUUAAUUUUAUUUUUGGAUUGUUCAUUGCUAGUGUGUGGAAAUACAAUUGAAUUUUGUAUACUGAUCUUAUAUCCGGCAAGCUGAACAUGUUUUUUAGCAGAUAUCUUAGAAUCUUCUACACGCCAAAUCACGUCAUAUGUGAAUAGAGGCAGCUUUACUUCUCCCUUUCCAAUCUGGGCGCCUUUUCUUUCAUUUUUUUGCUGGGGGCAUUUUUACAGAUUUAUUACAGAUUUCCCACAGGGAGCUUUCUUCACAGGGCAGGCUGGGCGGCUGCUGAGUGUCUGAAUGAAAGGGGCAGGCAGAGCCCGUUUGACUCAGGACAGUUAAGACCCAGCAGUUCAUCUACAGCCACAUUCCUCUCACAUUGCUUCACACAGCUAAGGUUUUUUUAAACACACAUCUUUAAAGAACUAAGAAAACUUCUAUGACUAUGAUUAAUGAUGUGAAAAUAUGUUUACCUCAGGAAUACUUACAGCAACCACUCUCUUUUUGUUUUAAUUAAUAUUUAUUGAAGUAGAGUUGAUUUACAAUGUUGGGUUCGUUUCUGCUGUACAGCGAAGUGAAUCAGUUAUACAUAUACAUACAUCCAUUCUUUUUUAGAUUCUAUUCCCAUGUAGGUCAUUACAGAGUACUGAGUAGAGCUGCCUGUGCUAGACAGUAGAACCUUAUUAGUUAUCUAGUGUGUAUAUGUCAAUCCCAAUCUCUCAGUUUCUCCCUGCCCCCUCCUUUUCCCCUUGGUAACCGUAAGUAAAGUGGCCACUCUGAUUCAGUUCUGCAUAAUGCAGAGCUUUCCUCUGCCCCAGUUUUCUGCUCCCCUAACAUCCAGGAAUGUCCGUGUCAAAGGUAUAUCAUAUCUGUGUAUUUUUUUCCUUUUUUGAUUUCUCCAUGGUUUUGCAGCAGAAACACACACGGGAAUAUGGAAAAAUCUUCAAGUCUCACUUUGGUCCUCAGUUUGUAGUAUCUGUUGCAGACCGAGACCUGGUGGCUCAGGUGCUCCGGGCAGAGGGGGCCGCGCCCCAGAGAGCCAACAUGGGGUCCUGGCAGGAGUACCGAGACUUACGGGGCAGAUCCACCGGGCUCAUCUCCGCGGAGGGUGAACAGUGGCUCAAGAUGAGAAGUGUGUUGAGACAAAGAAUUCUGAAACCGAAAGAUGUGGCCAUUUUUGCAGGAGAAAUCAACCAAGUUAUUGCUGAUUUAAUUAAAAGAAUCUACUUCCUCAAGAGCCAGGCAGAAGAUGGGGAGACUGUGACCAACAUCAAUGACCUUUUCUUCAAAUAUUCAAUGGAAGGAGUGGCCACCAUUCUUUUCGAGAGUCGUCUGGGCUGCCUGGAGAACAACGUCCCGCAGGCGACGAUGGACUACAUCGAGGCCCUGGGGCUCAUGUUCUGCACGUUCAAGACGUCCAUGUACGCCGGUGCCAUCCCUAGGUGGCUCCGCCCACUCAUCCCCAAACCCUGGCGGGAAUUCUGCAGGUCCUGGGAUGGACUCUUCAAAUUCAGCCAAAUUCACGUUGACAACAAGCUGAGGGACAUACAGUGCCAAAUGGACCGAGGGGAGAGAGCGAGAGGGGGCCUGCUCACGUACCUCUUCCUCAGCCAGGAGCUGACACGGGAGGAAAUCUACGCCAACAUGACCGAGAUGCUGCUGGCCGGCGUGGACACGACAUCGUUCACGUUGUCCUGGGCAGUGUAUCUCCUCGCGAGGCACCCGGAAGUGCAGCAGACCGUGUACCGGGAGAUAGUGAGGAAUUUGGGGGAAAGGCGUGUUCCCACGGCUGCAGACGUCCCCAAAGUCCCACUGGUCCGAGCUUUGCUUAAGGAAACCUUGAGGCUGUUUCCAGUGCUGCCGGGGAAUGGCCGGGUCACCCAGGAAGACCUGGUUGUUGGCGGGUAUCUGAUUCCCAGAGGCACCCAGCUGGCCCUCUGCCACUAUGCCACCUCCUACGAGGAUGAGAACUUCCCUCGGGCCAAGGAGUUCCGGCCUGAGCGCUGGCUGCGGCCAGGAAACCUGCGCAGGGUUGACAAUUUCGGGUCCAUCCCCUUCGGCUAUGGGGCUCGAAGCUGCAUCGGGCGGAGGAUUGCAGAACUGGAGAUCCACCUCCUUGUGAUCCAGUUGCUUCAACGUUUUGAGAUCAAAAUAUCUCCUUGGACUAAAACUGUUCAUGCAAAAACCCAUGGGCUUCUGAUGCCAGGGGAGCCCAUCCACGUGCGUUUUGUUAACAGAAAGUGAGCCUGGCGUUUUCACCCAGCUGCCAGACCGACACACACCAGGUGUUCGUGGGCCACGGAUGAUGGUGGGGGAGAAAAGGAUCCCUUCUGGGGGCUGUCUUGGUUAUAAACUGGCCUCCUGGUUUCUGGGAGACUUUGAAAUCUUUAUGCAAAGUAAUGUGAGAAGAUUGCUUUAAUUUUGCAUACCAGAGUUGCCUUUUUUUUUUUUUGGAGACACAGCUGUUGUGAAGCCAGUGGCACUGAAUUCUCAUGCCUCAUAUGGUGUCUUACCCUUGGACUCACUAUUCACUUACCCAUAGUCUCCUCUGCAUUUGGGCCAGGAAAUGUUGGCGUACAUAUAGAUUCAGUGCUUGAAUAUACCUUCUCUAAUACUGCAUCCGGGACUGCCUGUUAGGAUACAAUUCCAACUUCUUGUUUUUAAUUUGAAGAGGAAACAUUAAGAGACCUCUGUAGAACAGACCUGUGGCUGCCAGGGGGGAGGGGAGGG